AUGUUACGCCGCCCGUCCCGACGCCGAACCCACGCGCCCGCCCCCACGCCCCAAACACCCGUCCCGACGCCCAUCCCCACGCCCACACAACCAUCUCCACGCCCAAACGCCCGUACCCACGCCCACACAACCAUCCCCACGCCCGUACCCACACUACACCCAUUCCACGUCUACACGCCUGCUCAUACGUCCGACCCCACGCCCACACUUAUCAUUGACCAAUUAGACGACUCUCUACCUCUCCAAAGGACUCUCAUCCCCUCAAAGGACUCUCAUUGCCCCUCAAGGACUUUCUAUUGCCCUCAAGGACUCUCACUGCCCUCAAGGACUCUCAAUUGCCCUCAAAAGGACUCUCAAUUGCCCCUCAAAGGACUCUCAAUUGCCUCAAGGACUCUUAUUGCUCUUCAAAAGGACUCUCAACUGCCUCUCCAAAGGACUCUCAUUGCCCUCAAGGACUCCUCAUCCCCUCAAGGACUCUCAAUUGCCCUCCAAAGGACUUCAAUUGCCUCAAAGGACUCCAUGCCCUCAAAAGGACUCUCAAUUGCCCCUCCAAAGGACUCUCAAUUGCCCCUCAAAGGACUCUCAAUUGCCCCUCAAGGACUCUCAUUGCCCCUCAAGGACUCUCAGUGCCCCUCAAGGACUCUCAUUGCCCCUCAAAGGACUCUCAAUUGCCCCUCAAAGGACUUCUAUUGCCCCCAAGGACUGCGCCACGCUUCGCCUCUUUCUGCCUUAGACUGUGCUGGUGCCUAG